CACUCGGCAAAACAUUUUAGCUCCCCGUCGCAAUUCCACCCACCCACCACAAGGCUGGGACGGACGCGUUCAGCACCGACGAGCCACGACCAGCAACGCGCGAGCCCCUCCUUCCUGCCCAUUGCGCCAGCCAGACCGCCGCGGACCAGCUGCGCAGCUGUCCAAGCAAUUCUCCCGUCGCUGAAAACCUCGUCGAGCUCGAAAAUCCGACCUCGGCCUCAAAAUGACCGGUCGUGGCGGUGGCGGUGGGCGCCGCAUUCUCCUGCCGCCCAUCAACUUUAUUUUCAAGCUUCUCCAGUCGCAUGCGCCUGUCCAGAUCUGGCUCUAUGAGCAACUGGGUAUCCGCAUUGAGGGCAAGAUCAGGGGAUUUGACGAGUUCAUGAACCUGGUUCUCGACGAUGCUGUCGAGAUUAAGCAGGUCACUAAGGAGAACCCCGAGGAGAAGAGGAGACCUCUAGGGCAAAUCCUUCUCAAGGGCGACAACGUGUCGCUGAUACAGGCCUUAUAAUACGUGUGAAGGGGACGGCGCGGGUGCUGGUUGUGAAUAGGAGGGUGCCGUUUUGUCUAUACUUGGAGUGAACACCAAUCAUAGCAGAUCCAACCACGGCUACACCCACGUCAGAAAGUUUCGGAAACUGCAGGGGUGAAUGGCACUGUAUUGAGGAAAUAGCAUGGAGGUCAUGGUAUAUUAUUGUGCCUUCGGACGGCCAGAGGUCGCUUGCGGGAUACACCCUUGAUGUAGUGUCGGCCGAAACUAAGCAGGACCGAUUUCCUUGGUAAGGAAUGGGGUUCGGGUAUUUCUCCAGUGCCUUCAGGGCGCCUUUAUGUCGCCAUUUCCUACAAUCAAGGCGUCCAGACAGCGGUCCAUGGGUCCGGUCGGGACCGAGACUCCAAGCGUAGGUGUCAAGAGCUGCUCUGUCAGAGACAAGCCGCACAAAGUAGCCGUGGAAGAAGCCGAUUGAG